UCACCGUUUCCGCUGUGGACUUCCUUUCCGGCGGCGGCUAAAUUCUCGCGAACAUGCCACUCGCAAAAGAUUUGUUGCACCCAACCCCUGAGGAAGAGAGGAGGAGGCACAAGAAAAAGCGUCUUGUGCAAAGUCCCAAUUCAUAUUUCAUGGAUGUCAAAUGUCCAGGAUGCUAUAAGAUCACGACAGUGUUCAGCCAUGCCCAGACUGUUGUUCUGUGUGUUGGAUGUUCAACUGUGCUGUGUCAGCCCACUGGAGGCAAAGCGCGCCUCACAGAAGGGUGUUCUUUCAGGAGGAAGCAGCAUUAAGCUCUUUGCUAGGUGAUCCAGUAAGGAGGAAGGGAGAGGCAGAGUUGGACUGGCCCUAUCCGGCCUGACUAAGCCGUACUGGACCCCUGCGUCUUAGGGCUCUGAUCCUUGAUGAUUUCAAAAGAGAAGGAUCCAAACCAGACAAAUCCCCAUUAGUUGCUAGGUCACUAGAAAAGAUGGCUCUCCAACCCAGUCUCUCUCGUUCAAUAAAAUGGUUUGGCUAAAAUUA